AACUUAUAUCACACAUACAUAUAGGCUAGAGGCCUAAUAUUAGGUCUAUGCACAUAUACAAUAAAUAUUUAAAAAGGAAUCAUAAUAACAGAUGAACGAAAAAUUUUACUACUUUCUGCAUUCCUUUUCAAUAAAAAUUGAGAAAUUUUUUGUAUUCUUAAAAUGUUUUCAAAUGAAGCAUUAUGCACAAGUGAACCAAAAUCAAAACAUUCACAUUAUUCUUCAAAAUGUAAAGUAAAAAUCGUCAAUAAUGAGGAAUUGGCAGUUUCGGGAACAACUGGCGAAAAUUGCAAAACCCCAUAUCCAAACGAUGAGAAUGGUGAAAACCAAGAAGUAAAGAUGGAAAUUUCAGACAUUUUUGUGGGAUGGGAUGAAAAUGGUUUGAAUGAGAAUGAAGAAUUAAAAGUGAAAAUUGAGAACUUAAAAAAUGAAGAAACUUACCAAAAUAUAGAUAAUGAUUCUAAUAGUUACUCCAAACAGAGUCAUUCUUUUGAUAAUGCUUCAGAGAAAAAAGAAGAUUUUGAAAUACCUAUGGAAGAAUAUAUCAAUUAUUCAAAUUUAAAAGAAUUCAAAUGUUACUUAUGUGAUUAUGCUGCAACCCAAAAGAGUGCUCUCAAGCAUCAUGUAAAUUCUGUUCAUUUAAAGAUAAAGAAACAUAAAUGUGCUCUCUGCAAUUAUGCUGCAACUUCAAAAGGGCACCUUGAAACUCAUCUAAAUUCUGUUCAUUUGAAUGUGAAACAGUACAAUUGUGACUUCUGCAAUUAUGCUGCAAGUCAAAAAGUGAAUCUCCAAUAUCAUAUAAAUUUUGUUCAUUUGAAAGUGAAACAGCACAAAUGUGACUUAUGUGAUUAUGCUGCGACUCAAAAAUGUACUCUUAAAAAUCACAUAAAUUCUGUUCAUUUAGAGAUGAAGAAAUAUAAAUGUGCUCUCUGUGAUUAUACUGCAAAAUUGAAAGGGCACCUCAAAACUCAUAUAAAAUUUGUUCAUUUAAAAAUAAAAAAACAUAAAUGUGCUCUCUGCGAUUAUGCUGCAACUCAAAAAGGUACUCUCAAAGAACAUAUAAAUUCUGUCCAUUUAAACAUGAAAGAACAUGAAUGUGACUUCUGCGAUUAUGCUGCGACUCAUAAAAGUACUCUCAACCGGCACGUGAAUUUUGUUCAUUUAAGGAUAAAGAAACAUAAAUGUGCUCUCUGCGAUUAUGCUGCAACUCAAAAAUGUACUCUGAAAGAGCAUAUAAAUUCCGUUCAUUUAAACAUGAAGGAAAAUAAAUGUGACUUCUGCGAUUAUGCUACGACUCAUAAAGGUACUCUCAAGCGUCACGUGAAUUCUGUUCAUUUAAAGAUAAAGAAACAUAAUUGUACUCUCUGCAAUUAUGCUGCAAGUACAAAAGUGCAUCUCAAAACUCAUAUAAAUUCCGUUCAUUCGAACUUGAAGGAACAUAAAUGUGCUCUCUGUGAUUAUUCUGCAACUCUAAAAGGUACUCUCAAAGAGCAUAUAAAUUCUAUUCAUUCGAAAUUGAAGCAACAUAAAUGUGACUUCUGUGAUUAUGCUGCAACUCAAAAAGGUACUCUCAAAGAGCAUAUAAAUUCUAUUCAUUUGAACAUGAAGGAACAUAAAUGUGACUUAUGCGAUUAUGCUACGGUUUAUAAAGGUACUCUCAAGCGACACAUAAAUUCUGUUCAUUUAAAAUUGAAGAAGCAUAAAUGUACAUUAUGCGAUUAUGCUACAAGUUCAAAAUAUAAUCUCAAAACUCAUCUUAAUUCUGUUCAUUAUCAUCACUUAAGUAAGUGAUGUGACUAAAAAAGGUAUUCUCAAAGAUCAUGUAAAUUCUGUUCAUUUAAACAGAAAGAAACAUUGAGUUAUAAAGACGGUUGUGGUUGCAAUAACUCUGAUAACGAAAAAAGUGUUUUUAUUAGUAAAUGUGGAAAGAAAAUUUGUUCGUAUUGAACAGGCCAACCACAUGGCAAUUUUUGUAAUUUUAUGUUACUCUGCCCCAACACCCACAAAGAAAAUUUCCAACAUGCACGCUAUGGCAAGAACUGAACGACUUGAAUGUUGCUUAAGUUUAUAUUAUAUACCUUUUCUUUUGUAAUUUCAUAAUGUAAUCCAAACUUGUUAUUGGCUGAAGAACUCUGGUCGAUGGCCACAAAUACAUUUAUAUUAUUAUGUUACAUGAAAUUUGUUUCCUAAAAUAAAAAAAACUUAUCAAAUGUU